GUUGAUGCGGGACUGCAGAUCAACCAUGAUGAAAACAUUUUGUUUCACAACCGUGCAAACUGUUUUGUUUACGAAGUAACAAAAAGUGUUACCAGAAUUCACAUCAUUAGUUUCAACAGUGCACAAGACUAUUUCGUGGAUUCAGAAACUAACAAUAUGUCCGUUACUUUGCACACUGAUGUGGGCGACAUCAAGUUGGAAUUGUUCUGCGAAGAAUGCCCGAAAACUUGCGAAAACUUUCUAGCAUUAUGUGCGAGCGAUUAUUAUAAUGGGUGCAUCUUCCACAGGAAUAUUAAGGGCUUUAUUGUGCAGACUGGAGAUCCCGCUGGCACAGGUAAAGGAGGACAAUCGAUAUGGAGUCGUAAAUUCGAGGACGAGUUCAAGGAAGGAUUGAAACACAACGAACGAGGAAUGGUUUCCAUGGCUAACAGUGGACCGAAUACAAAUGCGAGCCAGUUUUUUAUAACAUAUGCUGCACAGCCGGCACUCGAUUUGAAGUAUACACUGUUUGGAAAAGUCAUAGAUGGUUUCGAAGCUCUGGAUGAAUUGGAAAAGUUGACCGUCAAUCCGAAAACAUAUCGGCCAGUGGUGGAGAAACGAAUCAAUAGCGUUACAAUACACAUGAAUCCGCUUGCGGGAUAAUAUGAUUAAAAUUCGAUCUUCUUAUUUUUAUGGAGCCUAGAUCAGUUUGCAAAAACAGUACAUGGUGAUAUAACCUUCAUUAAUUAGUAUGAUAAGAUUAGAAUAUAGUAUUUCGGACAAUUAUUUCAGAAUAUUAAAAUAAACAAAAUCAGCAUCCAUCAAAUCUAUUCGAAUGCAUCGCUCGGGU